AUGGCUCACCAGCUUGAAGUGUUCUGGUUCUCAGAACAACCUUACGGCCACGUCACGGAAGACGAUCUGGCGCCCUUUGAAUCGGGAAGAAUGCACUUCCCCAAUACCUUUUUCGAUCCCGAAAAGGCGCACGUUCUGUACUCCAACUACCACGACCAGUAUCAACUGGCCGACGAGGUGGGCUUCGACGGCAUCAUGUCCAACGAGCACCACAGUUCGUACUGGUGCAUGAAGCCGUCGGUCAACGUUGACGCCGCCGUUAUUACCCAGCGUACCAAAAGAGCAAAAAUUGCGAUGCUGGGCAACGUAAUCGCAGUCAAUGACCCCGUCAAGAUGGCCGAAGAGAUCGCCAUGCUGGACUGCAUCAGCGGCGGCCGUAUCAUCUCUGGAUUCGUUCGGGGCACCGCCGUCGAGACGUUGCAUGCCGGAUAUUCGCCCACGGAAAACCGCCCGCGAUUCGAAGAGGCCCACGACCUUAUCGUGAAGUGCUGGACGCAACCCGGCCCGUUCCGCUGGGACGGCGAAUAUUGGCCGCACCGCAUGGUCAACCCCUGGGUGGUGCCAAUCCAGAAGCCGCACCCUCCGGUCUGGUUCCCCGGCACCGGCUCCCCUGAGUCCGUAAUCUGGGCCGCCAAGCACCGGUAUCCCUACAUGAACCUGGGUUCGCUGCUUGAUCUUACGAAGCAGUUGAAGGGUAUUUACCACGAAACCGCCGCCGAGGAAGGUUACGAAGCGGGGCCCGAGCACUUCGGUUACCUGAUCCGCUGCCUGGUUGCCGACACAGAUGAAAAGGCCCAGGAGAUUGGCCGAACCUUCCUGUGGACGGAGAACCACCGCAACCGUGGGCCGAUGGAAUUCAACGACCCGCCCGGUUACCAGUCUCGCGAAGCCCUGCGCAUCAAGAUGUCGCGCCCCCUGAUCGGUACCGGCACCAUGGGCCAGCGCAUGAGCUAUGAGCAGCUGCAGGACGCGUACAAUAUCAUCGUGGGUAGCCCUGAAACCGUAAUCGAGAAAUUGCGGCACAUCCGCGAGGACCUCGAACCCGGUUACAUCCUCAUCUACGGCAACGAAGGCCACAUGCCCCACGAGGACGUGAUGCGUUCUGUCGAGUUGCUGGGUACCAGGGUCAUCCCCGCUUUGAAAGAGGGCUAG